AUACUCAAACUACUUCAAUACACCUGUUCCACCAGAAGACCGUUUACAACAUAUAAAAGAUGCUAUUCAGACGAAACACACACAUUAGGAACACUUGCUAAAAUGGGUUGCCUCGGCAAAUUAGUUCUGGCGUUGGUUUAUGUGUGCAUGGCCAGUUUCUUUGUCGUAAAGGUAGAUGCUCGCAUCCUGUCAGAGAAAAGUCUUAGAGACUACGCUCGCGAAAGACGAAGCCUUUUCGACUUUCAUGCCAUGAUAAAAUGUGAGACGAAGAGAAACCCGUUGGAUUACAACUACUACGGCUGCUAUUGUGGGUUUGGCGGCAGGGGGAGUCCUGUUGACGGCCUGGACAAGUGCUGCUAUGUUCACGACAUGUGCUAUAAGGCCUCACGUACAUCCGGAAUUUGCUGGGCAGGACAGGCGUAUAUCCACCUGUAUUACAGGACAGGAUGCACUGGAUGUGACAAAGCUAAGAACAGUAAAUGCGGACAGAUGUUGUGUGAAUGCGACGCUGCGGCAGCAAAGUGCUUCGCUGCAAACAAGAUCGACAAGAAGUACGAGGACUACCCCCAGAGUAAAUGCUAGUGACCCGGUCAUGCCACGCAUUCUAGGUGUAACGCAUUCAAGGUGUCACCCUAACAGAAAAUAAGAUGGCACGUAAAAAAAUAAAAAUGAAAUAAAUGAC